AUGUUGUCCAUCAAGAAGAUGAUCUCUCCCAGCUCGACUGAGGCGGUCAAAGGAUUCCAUGUCAUUGCGACGGCCCGCAACCCCGCCGUGAUGCAGACACUCGCUGGCGAGGGCAUGAGCUGUCUACCGCUCGACGUCACCGAUGAAGAUAGCGUCGUGACCUGCCAGAAAGCAGUCACCAAACUGACAGGCGGCACGCUCGACAUCUUGGUCAACAAUGCCGGCCGCACGCACACCGUCCCCGCCACAGACCUCUCCAUCCCCGACGUCCGCCAGACGUUUGAGGUCAACGUCUUCGGCGUGAUGCGCAUGGUGUCGGCCUUCGUGCCGCUACUCAUCCCCGCCAAGGGCCUCAUCAUCAACAUCUCGUCGACGUCCUCGCUGAUACCCUACGUCUUCGGCUCCGCGUACACGGCCACCAAGGGUGCCGUCAACAGCUACAGCCGCACGCUGCGCCAGGAGCUGCGGCCGUUCGGCGUCCGCGUCAUGGUCGCCCUGCCCGGCACCGUCAAGACCAACAUCACGCAGCUGCCGCGCAGCCUGCCCGAGGGCAGCCUGUACAAGAUCAUUGAGGACAUCUAUCAGUGGCGGCUGACGUUCUCCAAGAAGACGGCGAGCAUGCCGCCGAGUGAGUACGCGCGCAAGCUUGUUGAGGAUGCGCUCAAGCCUGAGUGGCCUGUCUUGUUCAGGAGCUGGCUUGGACGGCCGGACUGGCACUAUUAUGGUGGCAUGGCAGGGCUAGUGUGGGCGGCCAGUGUCGUGGGCGAGUGGACGACGGACAUGGUCUUGUAUCGCAUGAUGAAGAUGCCGGUGUUGGAGAAUCUGUUGAAGCAGGAGGAGAAAGGAAUUAGGGUCGCGCCAGUGUCAACGGACAAGAUGAAGGUCAAGUAG